UGCUCUCAGCUCUGCGCCGGGUCCUCCUGCAGCUAAUUGCGGUUUCUUUCUCUCUCUCCCCUCAUGAGUGACAGCGAGGAUUUCGCUGCGCCCGGAGCGACGUCACACCAAGGUGGAAGAGGAAGAGGAGCGCAUUUUUUCCCUCCCAUUAUCAUCCAAAGAAAACACAUCGGCCCACAGACUGGUGGCACACUGCAGACACCUACCUGCAGCCGGCGCGCACCGCAGACCGCCUCUCCAGCAAAGUUCAUCCGUGCGUCACUUCGGAGUGCGCAGAGAAGGAGCAAAAUCCAACAGCACCACACACACACCACGGUUUCUUGUAUGUAUUUGGGAAGCAUCGGUGCUCUUCUUCUUAGUCUUUUAUGUAAUUUCAUUGUUUAAAAACAGAGAAGAGGGUCCGGGUGUCCUCACAGCCAGAGUCGUUCCGUGCGCUUUUUUCGUACUCAAAGAACUUUCCUGCUUUGGCACUUCUCUCUCUCCUCCUCUGACCGCCGGUGGAAACAUGUAAAAUACCGCGACAGAUUACAGCACAACGACAAUGAGGAGGUUAACCACACCUUUUGAAAGUGGACGUCUCUUCUGCAGCCUCCUCGCCGACUUUGCUGCGCGUUAAGAUGCGCCGGACAGACGAGAAGUUGGAUGAUGAACCUUGUUUGCGCUUCCAGUGACAUUUUGCUGAGUCGUACCGCCGCAAAACAAGAGCCUCCUAUGUAAUUCAGAUGUGACCCAACUCUCUGUUGGCUGAGCUGAGUCACUUCAAACUUUUUGCUGGGGAAUCUCAUUGAGGAUUUGCAGCGCUCAACAUGACUGUUAUUCGCCUAUCGCGGAUCCAGCUGGCCCUGUUCUUCAUCCUGCUCUGUCCGGUCAACAUCAUCGGACUGUGGUGGGCGGUGGGCAGUCCGCUGGUGAUGGACCCCAACAGUAUCUGCAGGAAGGCGAAGCGUCUGGCGGGAAAGCAGGCCGAGCUGUGCCAGACUCAGCCGGAGAUCGUCAGCGAGGUGGCCAAGGGGGCCAGGCUCGGCGUGCGGGAGUGCCAGUACCAGUUCAGGUACCGCCGGUGGAACUGCACGAGCCACAACAAAUACUUCGGCAAAAUACUGCAGCAAGAUAUCCGGGAGACAGCCUUUGUUUAUGCCAUAACGGCGGCCGGGGUGACCCACGCCGUGACCCAGGCCUGCAGCAUGGGCGACCUCCUGCAGUGCGGCUGUGAGGCCACCAGGAACAGGGCCCCGCCGAGGCCGCUCUCGCCCUCGUCCUCCUCCUCCUCCUCCUCCUCCGCCCCUGGUGAUGGAGUCAAGUGGGAAUGGGGGGGCUGCGGAGAUGAUGUGGAGUUUGGUUAUGAAAAGUCAAAACAGUUUAUGGACGCCAAGAGGAGGAGAGGCAAGAGCGACAUCCGGACGCUCAUUGACCUGCACAACAAUGAGGCCGGGCGGCUGGCGGUGAAGCUCUACAUGCGGACAGAGUGCAAAUGCCACGGACUGUCGGGCUCCUGCACCUUGCGCACGUGCUGGAAAAAGAUGCCUCAUUUCCGCGAAGUAGGCGACCGUCUGCUGGAGCGCUUCAACGGGGCCUCCAAGGUGAUGGGAGGCAACGACGGCAAGACCCUGAUUCCCGUGGGCCAGAACAUAAAGCCGCCGGACAAGCAGGACCUGAUCUACUCAGACGAGUCGCCCGAUUUCUGCCUGGCGAAUCGGAAAACAGGCUCGCUGGGGACACGAGGCCGCAUGUGCAACAGCACGGCCAUGGACAUCAGCGGCUGUGACCUGCUGUGCUGCGAGCGCGGCUACCGGGAGGAGACAGUGGUGUUUGAGGAGAACUGCCUGUGUCGUUUCCACUGGUGUUGCGUGGUCCAGUGCAAGAAGUGCCUGGUCCGGAAAGAGCUCAGUCUCUGCCACUGAUGAACUGAGGUUUGAGAGUUGUCAGACGUAGUUAAUUAUAGUGACUUCUGUUACUUUUUGAGGUGCGUGCUUUAGUUUGGCUACAGUGUGAAAGAAGGAUUUGGGUUUUUUGCACCAGUUUCAAUCAGAAAAUGCCCCCAAAAUUAACUUUCAGAUAGUGUUUGACUUCCAGAAAGACAUGAGCUGCUGGAAGGUGCAGAAGGUCAACACAACCACACGGCACCAAUGGAAAGAUGGACAACAAGAAGUCAAAUAAAGAAACGUUUCUUUUCAGAACUACCUAUUUUUUAUUUUUCUUGUUUAUGAAAAAGGACCAAAGAAUGUGAAAAUAUGUGUUUUCCAUCUAAAUGAAAGAGGAAGGUCGAUGAAAGGAGGAACUAGACAUGAUCAGCUGCCUUCUCCUCCUUCCACAAGUUCAACCAGCGUGUCAUUGAUCCGCCUCAUUUAAUUGUGCAUUUCCCUAUGAAAACAGUUAGUACCAUGGUUUUAAAAAGUCGUGCACGUACUGGUAUCUAUUAGUCUAUGCUGUAGCAUCCCAGAAAAGUAACAGAUCAUUGAUUUCUGCCUGUUCACCACCAGUGUAGCUGCAACUCCGUAUUUUAUCAUUCCAAAAAAUCUUGCAAACUGUUGAUAGUACAGAAGCAGUGUCUCAGUUACAGUCAAUGUAACUAUAGCAACACCAAACCCCAAAAAAGGAAAGAUGCUGGUCUUGACUUUCUUUCUGCUACUACAUAAAAACAAAAAAAAAAUGCACCAAACAAAGGGAAACGGUAUCACAUUAUCCAAUUUGAAGAAUAGUGUCAACACUUUUGGUUUUUGCAGGUGUGGACUCGGCCUGUCAGCAAAGACUGUUAUUUAUAUAUAGAUAUGAUGACAAGACUACUCACCUCCAUCUCUCUCUCAGAAGCACUUUGCAUGUGACGGCUGCCAUGGACUUCCUCAGUAAUUGUUUGGCAAUAAAACCUUUUUUUUUGGGAGUCGGCUGUUCCUUGUUCACCAAAGGAGAAAAACCUGUGUUGACAAGAUGUUCGGUAAUCGAGAAAAAUGUAUAUGAUGUGUUUUUUGUUUAUCUGUUAUGACAUACAGGGCUGAUGUAAUAAUGCACUUUGGAUGUUGGCUCUCAUUCGAUAGGUGUGUGUGUGUGUGUGUGUGUGUGUUGUGUGUGUCCACGUGUGGUCGUCUAUAGCAAUCGGAAGGUUCCCGGUUUGAUUGUGUUGAGCGUGUUGAAGUGUCCUUGAAUGAGUGUGUGUGUGAGUGGGUGAGUGAGACGCACAUUGUAAAGCACUUUGAGUGGUUCACAGUCUAGAGAAGUGCUAUACAAAUGCAGUCCAUUGACCAUGCGUCUGUGCAGGUAGGCCAGUUAUCACCGUACCCUUCAGUGGACAGUUCCUUUUAAAUAUAUAUAUAUAUAUAUAUCUGUAAGUUGCUGUCUGACGUUAAACUGCAUUGUGUUGGUUAUUAAAAGCACACGGCUCCGUGACUCUCUGUCUCUGGGCGAGGCAGACAAGAUCUUUUUUUAUCUGUGGUUGAUUUCCAGGGGGGAGUGUUUUUUCCCCCAUAAACCUAUCAUGUCAUCUCAUUUACACGAGAGUUUUAUUACCAGACGAUGUACAGCGACAUAUACUGAACUAUAAUACUGCAUCGCUUGCAUUCAUCUUGCUGUUUGUGUUUCGGGUGAGCGUUCAGGGACAGGAUUAUAUUUUACCCUUGAGGAUUCAGAAUCAUCUCGUUGGUUAUGUGUCAUGUUGCGGAUUUGCCUGAUCUUCCCACAGUAUCCUUGUUCGGGCCAAAAUGAAAUCACCACCUUUAUCGUGGACCGUUAUUCUGCUGUGUCCACUUUGUUAUCCGACUGUUUGUGUCAGCAGUCACUUUGUCCUCUUAAGGUUCUGCACAUUUAUAGACUAUUGUGAUUUUAUCUUCACCCACUUUUCAGCAGAGAUGAACGUUUGUAUACGAAAAAUGCCCCAAUUUUCAUAUUUUGCAGUUAGACAGCACAGAAGUCCUAUAAAGUAAAUAUACCAGUAACACCCAGAUGAGUAAUGUACAUUUUAUCAUUAGCGAUGUGGAUUGAGCAAUAUCAUUUUUUUUUUUUAUUCUGGCAGAACAAUAAAUCUUUUUCCAAUCUUGA